AUGGCAUUUACCGAUUCAGAUGCCACGUCUCAGAGGAUCUCUACUAGCCAAAAUAUUUGUCAGAGAUGCAAGAAUAUGGGCAGCAUCUGCUUUUCUCGUAAGGAAUAUUUUUGUAAAGAUUGUUUUUUAAGGUUUAUUAGGGGAAAACAGAGAAAAUUGAUGAUGGAAGAUAAAUUCAAAGUACAAUAUCCUCAAAAAGGCGUUGAAUCUGUAUCUCAAAAUGUCAUGUUGGCUUUAAGUAUGGGUUCUUCCUCUUUAGUUCUUUUUGAUAUACUUUUCAAUCUUUUACUGGAACAGACUAAAACUCAUAGAGGGCGGCAAGGAUUUCAUUUGAAAGUUGUGAUAGUUGACGAGUCGACCCUCUCAGAUAGCGACUAUUCUGUGCGGGAUAAAGUCGAAGAAUUGAAAGAGGCUUAUGGUAUCGACCACAACUGUCCAGUCGAUGUAUCGUUCAAAAUAGUCGAUCCCAAUCAGUUUAUCCUUGAUAGUGAUCAAGUUGGAAGCAUACUUAUUGAUAAUGAUUUUCAAAGCUACAUAACUGGCAAUAAUAGUGAAGACACAAAAAAGCUGACCAUUACAGAAAUCCUAGAUCAAACUCCUAACAGAUCUUCCAGAGAAGAUAUAUUGGAAAUGGUCAUAUACCAAUUGUUAAUAAGAACGUGUUUGGUUAUUAAUUGCCAGACUAUUCUCUUCGGGCAUUCUAUGACAAAAUUAGCUGAUCAAGUAAUAUCCCUAACAGUCCGGGGACGAGCAUCUUUAAUAGGCAAAAGGCUCACUGAUGCAGUAGAGAUACAUAAUGGCUCAGAGAUUCAUAUUAUUCAUCCUCUAAGAGAUGUACUUAAAUCGGAAGUGGUGCACUAUUCAGAGAUGUUGCAACUAGAAAGAUUUAACGUGAUGAAUCAAAAGAAAGCCGCUGAUCUGCUGAAAAGUAAAGUUAACAAAUCAAUGACUGUCAACGAAUUAACUAGAUCUUAUUUUGACUCCAUAGAAGGAGAUUAUUCGGAAGUCGUUUCUACCGUUGUUAAGAUUGGUACUAAAUUAGACCAGCUUCGUUCAACCGAGCACAACAAGCGGUGCAUCGUAUGUGAUAUCCAACUCUCAAGUGACCCUAAACACUGGCUUGAAAAUAUCACUGUUAACGAGCCAGCCCCGGUAGUUACCGAGGCUGAUAUAAACAAUCUUAGAAUAUAUUCAGAAACUUGUCUACUAGAGGAUGAUGCUUCGAAGCUGGUAAUGAACCCCGGCUCUGAGGUGGACAUGUGCUAUGCAUGUUUGACAAGUUUACAAGAUAUACGUUCAGCCUUUAGGUGGCCAGUUGCUAGAGCAUCGAAGGAGCAGAUUUUAGACGAAUUUACAAUAGGUGAUGAUAUAUAG